GUAAACAUUCCGCCAUUGGCUGCGUUGGUAUCGGACGGUGUCGGAGGGAGCUGCGGUCGCAGCGGAGGAGGCCACAGCACCAUGGCCGCCGUGGAUGCAGUCAACGCUGCGCCCCUGUCGGGGUCCAAAGAGAUGAGUUUGGAGGAGCCGAAGAAGAUGACCAGAGAGGACUGGAGAAAGAAGAAGGAGCUAGAAGAACAGCGGAAGCUUGGUAAUGCUCCUGCAGAAGUUGAUGAAGAAGGGAAAGACAUCAACCCUCACAUUCCCCAGUACAUCUCCUCGGUGCCGUGGUAUAUAGACCCGUCUAAAAGACCGACUUUAAAGCACCAGAGGCCGCAGCCGGAGAAGCAGAAGCAGUACAGCUCAUCCGGAGAGUGGUACAAGAGGGGCGUCAAGGAGAAUUCCAUCACUACCAAGUACCGCGAAGGGGCCUGUGAGAAUUGUGGGGCCAUGACGCACAAGAAGAAGGACUGCUUCGAGAGACCCAGGCGAGUGGGAGCCAAGUUCACAGGCACUAACAUAGCCCCGGAUGAACAUAUCCAGCCCCAGCUGAUGUUCGACUACGACGGCAAGCGGGACCGCUGGAACGGCUACAACCCGGAAGAGCACAUGAAGAUUGUGGAGGAGUACGCCAAAGUGGACCUGGCAAAACGAACAUUGAAAGCCCAAAAACUCCAAGAAGAGUUAGCUUCGGGGAAGUUAGUGGAGCAGGCUAAUUCUCCGAAACACCAGUGGGGAGAAGAGGAAGCGAAUUCUCAGACGGAAAAAGAUCAUAAUAGCGAAGAUGAAGAUGAAGAUAAAUACGCGGAUGAUAUUGACAUGCCUGGGCAGAAUUUCGACUCCAAAAGGCGCAUUACGGUUCGGAACCUGAGGAUUCGAGAAGAUAUAGCCAAAUAUUUGAGAAAUUUAGAUCCAAAUUCUGCCUACUAUGAUCCGAAAACCAGAGCGAUGAGAGAAAAUCCGUACGCCAAUGCAGGAAAGAAUCCGGAUGAAGUGAGUUACGCAGGAGAUAACUUCGUUCGAUACACGGGAGAUACCAUUUCCAUGGCCCAGACCCAGUUGUUUGCUUGGGAAGCCUAUGACAAAGGCUCGGAAGUGCAUCUGCAGGCGGAUCCAACAAAGCUGGAGCUGCUCUACAAGUCCUUCAAAGUCAAAAAGGAAGACUUCAAAGAGCAGCAGAAGGAAAGCAUCCUGGAAAAGUAUGGCGGUCAAGAACACUUGGAUGCUCCCCCAGCUGAACUGCUGUUGGCUCAGACUGAAGACUACGUGGAGUACUCGAGACACGGCACGGUCAUCAAAGGCCAGGAGCGGGCGGUGGCGUGCUCCAAGUACGAGGAGGAUGUGAAGAUCCAUAAUCACACACAUAUCUGGGGAUCUUACUGGAAGGAUGGCCGAUGGGGAUACAGAUGCUGUCACUCUUUCUUAAAGUAUUCCUAUUGCACUGGAGAAGCUGGGAAGGAGACUGUUAAUUCAGAGGAAAAUGUGAUAAAUGAUACAGUAGGAGAAGAGUCUGUGAAAAAACCUCAAACCCUCAUGGAGAUACAUCAGGAAAAAAUGAAAGAAGAGAAAAAGAAGAAAAAAAAGAAAAAGAAGAAGCAUCAUAAGAGCAGUUCUGAUAGUGAAGAUGAAGAAAAGAAACAGGAGAAACUGAAAAAGGCACUCAACGCAGAGGAGGCCCGCCUUCUGCAGGUCAAGGAGAUCCUGCAGAUGGAUGAGAGGAAGCGGCCGUACAACAGUGUGUACGAGAGCCGAGAGCCCACGGAAGAGGAGAUGGAGGCCUACCGGAUGAAGCGGCAGAGGCCCGACGACCCCAUGGCCUCUUUCCUGGGGCAGCAGUGCUAGGCACGGAAGGUCGGCACCUGGAAGACGCAAACAGGUUCUUGUCCACUCUUGCUUGGUGACUGCAUAGGAGACCCUCAUCUACACCUCCUGCUGCCUGGCUUUAAUAAAGCUUUGAGAAAUCUCACAUUCCUUCCUUUCCACAGUGAAGAAGAUAAAGAAGAAAGGAAAGAAAAGGGAUACACUAAAUAUGGUUUAAAUUUUAUUUCUCUAAUUUUAUACCAGUGAUACGAAGAGACCUUGAUUCAUUACCUAUCAAGAGUGUCUUCUAGAGGACAGUCCAAAAUGUUAUUUCCUCAAUUUCUGUCAUCUUUUUAUCAGAUGCAGUGGUACACAUUUUGAAAGCAGUUUGGUUUCUCUAAACCAGAGCUGUAUUUUGUUUUUUUAUAACUGUUAGUACCUGUAAUUGUAGUAAUUAUGUAGUCAUUUGUUCAUGCCUUCUGAGGUUUUCCUCAUCUGAAACUAAAAAUGUUAUUCAAUUUUAGUGGUCUUUCACUGCUGAAAGAAAAUCUGUAGAAAAUGUAAAAAACCCUUAUCUCCCAAGUCAGCCCGUGAAGUCAUAAAUUAUUUUUUGGUUUAGUUAUUUCA